GCCUUUAAACAGUUCUAGUCAUUUAUCGGAAGGCAGCAUCGUGGUCUGAAACCUCAGCCCACUUUCAGCCACUCAGCAGCUGUUUCCUCCUCAGGCUGAAGUCUGAAGGUGGAGCUCAGAGUCCUGCAGACCAGUCCAGUCAUGGUGACCGGCGUCUGGAUGGUGUUUCUACUGAUGGCUGAAGCUGUGUCUUCAGAGAUCAUCACAGUAUCAGCCAGCGGCGGUGGAGACGCCCUGCUGAAGUCUGGUCUGCUGAUGCAUGGUCAGGAGGACAUCCGGUGGACUCAUCGUCAUCUGCUGCUCACAAAGAACCGAACCUCACCGUGUCUUCAAGGACGCUGUGAGCUGUGUAGUGACGGAUCGCUGAAGUUCAGCCGAGUUCAGACCGGAGACGCAGGAAACUACACCCUGGAGGUGUUUGAUGAAGGAGGGAAGCUGAAGCAUAGGAAGGACUUCCUGCUGCAGGUGGAGGAUGUGAGCAGCAGCAGUGUUGGGAGUUUGACCUUCAUCUUCUGCCUCCUCCCGUCCUUCCUGCUGCUGCUCCUCAUCGCCAUCUUCAUCCUGAGGAGGAGGAGCAGUCAGAGGAUCACCAUCACAGGUCCCAAGGAGGAGAACAUCUAUGAGGAUAUGCAUGGUCGCCGUGGCAACAAGGAGGAGAACGUCUAUGCCAUGAUGCAUGGUCGCUGUGGCAACAAGGAGGAGAACGUCUAUGCCAUGAUGCAUGGUCGCUGUGGCAAAAGGAGGAGGAGGAGCAGGAGGCGACAAAGCAGGAGAAAGAGGCGGAGUCCCUCUAUGUUCCCUGUCGUCCUCCUGGAUGCAUGGAAACACCAAUCACAGUGGAGGACGAGGACAUCUAUGUGUGACGACCAAUUAGAGCUGAUGUCAUCCAGCACCUGGAUCAACUGAUCUUCAUCUGACCUCCAGAGCUCCUCCAGGUUCCUCCUCAUCUUCGUUUGACCUCCAGAGCUCCUCCAGGUUCCUCCUCAUCUUCGUUUGACCUCCAGAGCUCCUUCAGGUUCCUCCUCAUCUUCGUCUGACCUCCAGAGCUCCUUCAGGUUCCUCCUCAUCUUCAUUUGACCUCCAGAGCUCCUUCAGGUUCCUCCUCAUCUUCAUUUGACCUCCAGAGCUCCUCCAGGUUCCUCCUCAUCUUCAUUUGACCUCCAGAGCUCCUUCAGGUUCCUCCUCAUCUUCGUCUGACCUCCAGAGCUCCUUCAGGUUCUUCCAGCUCUUCUCCUGAACUCUGUGAAAUUUAACCUUCAUAUUCCAGAAUCACUUCUAUCAGUUUUAUCCUCACAUUUAAUCCUGAAUCUGUUUGAACAACAUCUGAGGAACCAUUAAAGAUAAAACCUGAAACUUUCUGUUAUUUAUCAUUAUUGAUCCAGAAUCAGUUAUUGAUCCAGAAUCAGUUAUUGAUCCAGAAGA